AUACAAACUCUAUCAAAAACUUUCUGGAUUCUUCUCGUCUCCUGUUGGCCCAAAUUUCCCAUACCCACGCCCACGAAGCCUAAAAAAUCUCACCUUCGUUACUCUUCAAUACAUACCUCCAACACUUGACCUAUUUUCACACAUGCUCAGUCUCCUUUCCUAUUGAUACCCAGAACGAGAGAGGGUGAGAGAACUUUUGGUAUAUAAUUAUACAGGAAGAAUUGAAAACCUUGCGUCCAAUUUCUCUGUGACGACAUCGUUUUGUUUCAGAUUAUUCUUCGGUUCUGUACAAUGUCAGGGUCCGGUGGAGUUUCGAUUGCCCGAGCCCGUGGCGAGAGCCGAUUUUACGUUUCUCCGGCAAUGCGAAAGCAGCAGCAGCAACAACAGCAACAACUUCAACAGCAGCAACAGACGCAGCAGCAAAGACCGUCGAUUUCAAAGAAUUCUACUGCGGAGAUGGAGAAAAGAGCGGACUCCGACCAAUGUGGGUCGUUGUCUUCGUCGUCGUCGAUGUCAAAUUGUUCUGUUUCAGGACGGAUAGGAAGCGACGUUAAUUCCACGAAUUUAGAUCGGUUCUUGGAGUACACUGCUCCUGUGGUUCCUGCCCAAUAUUUCCCCAAGACAAGUAUUAGGGGAUGGAGAACACGUGAACCUGAAGCAGAGUUUCACCCUUACUUUGUGCUGGGGGAUCUGUGGGAAUCUUUUAAGGAGUGGAGUGCAUAUGGAGCAGGUGUUCCACUUGUAUUAAAUGGAAGCGAAACUGUUAUGCAGUACUAUGUUCCUUACUUGUCUGGCAUUCAGCUCUAUAUAGACCCAUCAAGACCCUCCCCUAGGCUUAGGAGGCCAGGGGAUGAAAGUGAUGCUGAUUCAUCCAGGGAAACGAGUAGUGAUGGUAGCAGUGACUAUGGAGCAGACAGAGUAGUUAACAAUGGUUUUCGGGGGCAUUUGACCCAGCAAAACAUUGCAGAUGCAAAUAUUCAGAGUUUGAAUAGACUCUCACUAAGAAAUAAACCCCUCAGAGGCUCAUCAAGUGAUGAAUGUGAGAUCUCCAACCCUCCAGGUCAGCUUAUUUUUGAAUACAUGGAGCAUGCUUCGCCAUUCACUCGUCAACCUUUGGCUGAUAAGAUUUCAGUCCUUGCAUCUCAGUUUCCAGGACUAAGAACAUAUAGGAGUUGUGACCUGUCGCCUUCAAGUUGGCUUUCUGUGGCUUGGUAUCCCAUAUAUAGGAUCCCCAUGGGUCCAACUCUACAGAAUCUGGAUGCCUGUUUUCUAACUUUUCAUUCUUUGUCACCACCAUUUCAGAGUCUGAACAAUGAUGGGAGUCUUAGGGAUAUUUCCUGUGCCGACUUGUCAUUCAAACUACGUUUGCCCAUACUUGGCCUUGCUUCCUACAAGUUCAAAGUUUCAUUUUGGUAUCCAAAUGGAGUUUAUGAAUGUCAGAAAGUCAAUUCCUUGUUGUGGGCUGCUGACAACUGGCUUAGGCGCUUGCAAGUAAAUCAUCCGGAUUAUACUUUCUUUGCCUCCCACAACUCAAACUGGAGAUAGUUGGAGUUUUGUCAGAGAGCUAUAUACACCUUAAAGGGGACAGAUGAACAUAGGCACCUUCGAGUCUGAAGUGAAGACGUAUUUUGCAACACGAGUAGUAUCGGCCAUUAUUUUACAAACUUUGUGGAGCAACAGUGUAAAAUUGAGAUCCCUAGCCUACAGGCCAUUAAUGGCUCUGAAAUCAUGUCGUCAUACUGAAAAGUCCAUGAAUUAUAGAAAAUGUUGGCUUUAAUAUGACUCAGUUACUGUACUCAGGGAUAUUUGAUGAAGCUUUGUGAUUGAUAGUCAUUAUGGUGUAUUGAUCCACCAGACUAUUUCUGUAGCCUUCGAACAUAUUUUAAUAAGGCUGGCCGAUGAUGAUGAACAAAAAUAUCAAUAUAUAUAAUGGGUUUUCGUA